GGCGUCUGAAUGGAGCACGUGGAUGUUUGAGUGUUUGUUGCGUGUUUCGGUUGCUGCUUCGAAAAUAUGGUGAACUAUCUCUUUCAUCUCCACAACGGGCAUGUGACCAGAAGUCCAAAGUUCUUCUAUGCCAGUGCAAAUAUUCAGUUGCCGACUUGAAGCAAACAUGGGAAACGAACAAUCAGCCCAGAAAAAACGACAAAAGGCAAAUCCUGAGAAAAAAGUCCACAAUGGAGAACUGAACGGGCACGCUGUACCAACUCCAGAUCAAACUGAACCUGUUGCUAAAAAAGAAGCCCCAGUAGAGCAAAAGAGUGAAGCUCCACCAGUGACUGUCAAAGAGGAACCAAAACCACCAGAAAAGGAGGAGGUUGACAACAGUAAAGCCAACAAACCUGCACACGUGGAAACAACACCUGAGAAAAAAAUCACAGUCACAACAGAGCCAGAGCCUCCCAAAAAAGCCAGCCCUAAGUCUAGUGGAGAUGAGGCACCCAACUUCUUUGGUAAAAUGUUCAAAAAGAAGCCUGAACCAGUAAAGCCUGCAUCAGAAAAGAAUGACACAGUGGACGCACCAGUGACAGUGCUGGAGCUGAAAAUCGAUGCACAGCCUGAUCCAGUGGACAUAAAGAUCAGCACAGAGCCUGAGCCGGAGCCCAAGGCUGAAGCCCUCGAACCCAGUCCUGUGCAAACCACAGAAGAAAACAACCUGUCAGAGGAGGCCAAAGCAGCAGAAAAGACAGUUAUGAACUUUUUCAAAACUUUUGCUUCCACCAAAACAAGCAAAGAAGCCAAAGCCGCCGAUGCUUCAAAGGAACAGUCACAGAAAGAAACCCCGCCAGCACCAUCAACAAAUGUACAGGAAGCACCGAAGGCUCCUCCUCCUCCUCCUCCCCCUGCACCUCCAAAGAUGGAGAGCAAAGCAGAGCCGGCGGUGAAGAAAGAGGAAACGUCUGCAAGUAAAGCAGCAGCUGCAGUCAAAGCAGAGCCUUCUGCCAAGAGCAAAACUAAAGACGGUGCAUUUAGCAAACUCUUCCGCUCAAAGGUGUUGCUAGGCAAGAUGGUGUCAAAAGUUCAGGCGGUGACAACCGGUGGAGGCCGAGCUCAGACAUCAGGAGCGCAGGUAGACUCAUCUAAGAGCAGCACUCUCGAGGCGGCCGCCAAACCCGAAGAACCUCCAGCGCCAAAACCAGAAGAGAAAAAGCUGGAGAAGAAGUCAACUUUCGGGAACAUGUUCAAACCCAAGGUACUGUUAGGUCAGGUGAGCUCUAGGAUCCAGGCAGUGGCGUCCAGCGCUCGUGUGUCCCUCAUGUCUGCUGGAGCGGCACCAGAAUCCAAGAAGGAGACUCCAGCUCCAGUGGCAGAAGCUGCUCCACUUGUAAAAGCCAAAGAAGAGCCCAAACCUGCCGCUCCACCUGCACCACAACCAGCCCAGGACAACAAAUCAGUCGCAAGCACAGACGCCUCCCCCAACAUGCCCCGAAAACUGGAGAAGAGGAACUCGCUGCAGCUCUUCUUCAAAAACCUGGGCCAAAAGCGCCAUUCUGAUGCCGGAGUGCAAACGGAGCCUGUGGCAGCCGAGAAGGCCAAAUAAAAACCCCGACUUUGUUUUUGAACGUACAUCUUUGCCAAUACCCUUGGCAAGCAUGCAAACAGAAACACACUUAAAUGUCAUGAGCAAAUGUUGGGCCCAAUUAAUUUCAGUUAUCUGACUCUAAAUCUGAAAAUUACGACAUGCAUUGAUGGAGAGAGAGCAAAAGUAAGUGUUCGGAUAUUUCCUGUUAGGCAAGUGCUACUUGUGUUUUUGAAUGGAGGGACUAACUUGUGGUGUUUUCCCACAAAGAAACAUGUCAGAGUUGUGUAAUGUGGCUUUUGAUGGGAAAGUGAAAGUGAAAAUGUAACUCUAGCUUAAAGAUACAAAUCUCUUCCUUAUUUUCUGUGCAUGUUAAAAUGUAAAAAUAUGUAAGUAAUGUCAACUAAUGCUAUACUUGCAUUGCACAAUAAACUGCCUUUUCACCUGUACAAUGCAUGUAGCAUGCUUGACGUGAAAAGUAUUUCUGUAAUCACACACCAUCUGAUUGUAAAAACUAUUACCCAUAAAUAGCUUUUUUCAAUCAAUGUGCUCUUUGAAACUCCACUGUAAGUGCUAAAGCCUGAAUUGCUCAUCAUAGAAACACCAUGUAUUACAACGUACUUCAAUGCAAAUGUUAUUUUCCUUUCUUGCCUUGUUUUCUAGUACUAACAAAAUGCUUAAAAUAUGAAAAAACAUUGCCAAUGAACAGGGUCAGCCUUUUAUUUUUACAUUGUAAAACCCAAUUAGUUAAGGUAACUCAAACCAUUUGAGGAAACCGAUUGCAACAAACCAUUUAAGUUUAAAAAUGAAUCCUAAUGAGUACUGUGAACUCAAUCCAUUUGAGCACAGUAAAACCCAAUAAAUGGAGAGAGCUCAAACCAAAGGAGUACUUUAAAACCCAAUGAGUUAAGGCAACUUAAACCGUUUGAGGAAACCGAUUGGUGCAAACUAUUUGAGUAAAAAAAAUCUAUUUUAAAAAAAUGUAAAAUGACUCCAUUUAAGCUGAAGUAAUGAGGUAUUUCAUUAACUCUUUACCUUCAUCCCUGAGUUCAAAACUCUUUUCUAAUGAGUACAAUUAACUUUCAUUCAAUUUUGAGUUAACUACAAUCUUUUCAUUUGAUAAAGUUGACUGUUGGGUUUUACAGUGAAGUAAAUAUCUUGUUUUCAGAAUGUUUGGUUAUUUAAACUGGAAUUUGUCCAUAUUUGCGACCCAGUUUUCAUCUUUUUAAAAAAAACUUCAUUUGCUUUUAUUUACACUUAUAAACAGCUAGCAAAUACUUUAUUAAUAUUAGCGUAAUACUUUUUUUUUGUUGUUGCUUGGCUGUCCUGACCAAGGGUGACUAAUAGAAAAUGAAGCUAUUUAAAUGUUCCAGGUGUUUUUCCCCCAUGAACACGUCACUUGCUAUUAGAACAAUAUAUAAAGUGUUUUACAAUUACGCAGUAUACAAUGUACAUCCAACUCUCUUCUACAGUCACGUACUGUACAGUUUCUUUUUCUAAUGUUCUCUAUAUUUAUAAAGAAUAGAUGGGCCUAAUUCAGAAUAUAUCUAUCAAUCUUAGACUUUCUGUAUGUCCUUUGUUGCAUCUUUGUUUAUUUAACCAAUUUAUACAAAUAAAAAUAAUUUCCCUCCUCUU